ACCCAUUUUUCGUUCCAAUAACUCAUUAAAUCUCUCUCUGAAUUUCAGUUAUAUGCUAUCCCAUGAUUCUUUGUUUUGUUGCCUCCAUGUCCAAAGACAGCAAGACAACAAUAAAAAAGUUGAAUUGUGAUUGGUGAUUUGUCCAUUUUGCCGUUUCUGAUGAUCAUUUUCUUUCCCAAAGCCUUUGAAAACAGAGUUUGGAAUCAAAAUUGUUUGUCACUACUUAAGCUGAACUGACACUCUUUUCAUCCGUAUAGAGAAGAUAAAUCAAGAGAUCUCAAAUAUGGUAACCAUUUCAGUGGCUACCAGGUGGUGAAUUUUAUGGAAUGAGAAAAUCGAACAAGAAGAACCCGUGAUAAGUCUCAAUGAUGGGGUCCUUCAACGUGGAGAAGAAAUGGCAAUUUCCUCUCAUUAUGAUCUCAAUUGUGUUCAUAUUCUUUCUUGCAACAUGCUUCAACAUGGGGCUUGUCUCUACAAUUCACAGCUUCAAUUCAAUACUCUUCUUUCUCCCAUCUCGUCUAUACACAAACCAAACUGCUCCAGUUUUUGUGGAAACAAAGAUUUCUUCACCUACUGCUCCACCUCCUAGUAUGCCUUCAAUUCCUCGCUUCGCUUAUCUGAUUUCUGGCUCAAAAGAUGACUUGGAGAAGCUUUGGAGAACUCUUUUAGCCCUUUACCAUCCCUUGAACCAUUAUAUUGUUCAUUUGGACCUUGAAUCACCACUAGAGAUGAGGUUGGAGCUUGCUUCUAGAAUUGAGAAACAGCCUGUGUUCACUGAGGUUGGAAAUGUUUUCAUGAUUCAGAAAGCUAAUAUGGUCACUUAUAGGGGACCAACCAUGAUUGCUCACACUCUUCAUGCUUGUGCCAUUCUGCUCAAGAGAACUAAAGACUGGGAUUGGUUUAUUAACCUUAGUGCUUCUGAUUAUCCCCUUGUGACUCAGGAUGAUCUUCUAUAUACCUUUUCUGAGGUAGACAGAAGACUUAACUUCAUUGAGCACACAAGCCGUUUGGGAUGGAAGUUGGAAAAGCGAGCGAUGCCUUUAAUUAUAGACCCAGGUCUUUACAGGUCAAACAAAUCUGAUGUUUUUUGGGUUGGUCCUAAGAGAACUUUGCCAACAGCAUUUAAAUUGUUUACUGGUUCAGCAUGGAUGGUUCUAUCACGCUCAUUCGUAGAAUAUGUUGUAUGGGGUUGGGACAAUCUACCAAGGACCCUUCUUAUGUACUACACUAAUUUCAUCUCCUCCCCUGAAGGCUAUUUCCAAACUGUUGCAUGCAAUGAGCCAGAACUAGCCAAAACUGUUGUAAACAGUGACUUGCACUUUAUUUCAUGGGACAACCCUCCCAAACAGCACCCUCAUGUCCUUAACAUCAAUGACACAAACAAAAUGUUUGCAAGCAAUGCUGCCUUUGCUAGGAAAUUUAAGCACAAUGAUCCAGUCUUGGAUGUGAUUGAUAACAAUUUACUACAUAGGAAAAAGGAACAAAUGUUCACACCAGGUGGUUGGUGUUCUGGCAACCCCACAUGUUCCAAGGUUGGGAACAUGUACAAGAUCAGACCUGGUCCAGGAUCUCAAAGGCUUCGUCUCCUUGUAACUAGGCUAACUUGGAUGGCUAAGUUUGGUCAGAGACAGUGUAAAUAGAUGUUAUUGGGAACUCUCAUGGUAAGAAUGGAAUGAGUGAUGCUUAAUUACUUUAAUGGCCAGAUAUGUCACUCCAUCAUCGAAUUUUUUACAUAAAUAAUAUUUUUUUUUUAAAAUUACAAAAAUAACAUCUGUACAACAUUAUUUACUCAACUAGAACCAAUCACUGUUCAUGCUCAGAAUUCGGUUCCCGGGAACCGAAUUCUGAGCUUCAAUUUUUUUUUUUGUGCUCAGAA